AUGAAUUUUUUAUAUAAAAAUAUUUAUAUUUUAAUUUUUUUUCUUUUAUUAUGCGAAAAAAAAUUAUUUAUUUCUUGUAAAUUAACUAGCAACAGAGAUAAAAUAACAAAGAACUAUUCUAUUUCACUUUCUAAUCAUCUUCAUAUAAAAAGAUAUUUUCAAAAAGAAAAUUUUGAUAUAAAAAGAAGAAAAAAUAGAAAUGGUUUAUUUAAAUUAUUUAGCAUAAAUUUAAAUAGCAAAAAGAAACAAGGAAAAAUUGAUUUUUCAUUACACAAAUAUCUUAUUGAUAAUAUAAAAAAUAAAAAAAAUAAUAAAAUUCUUAAUAACUAUGAAAAUAAAUGUAACAAUUUUUUGAAUUCAUAUUCCCUUACGAAUUCUUUAGAAGAUAAGAGAAAUAAUUUUAAUGAUAAAAACGAAAUAAAUGCUUCAGAUAAAACCAAUAAUGAAAAAAUAAACAAAAAAAAAGAAGGCAUUGAUGAAUCCCAAAGUAAAGAAAAAAGAAGCAUUAACAAAAAUAGCCAGUUAUGUAAAAGUGAAAAUAACAAAAAUUACGAAAAUAAUGAAAAUUACGAAAAUAAUGAAAAUUACGAAAAUAGUGAAAAUUACGAAAAUAAUGAUGAAAGAGAAGAAGACGAAAAUUAUGAAAAUCAAGAAAUAAAUAACUUAAAUAUAGAUAUUUUAGAAAAUGAGAAAAAGUAUAGCAGACAGAUUUAUACCCAUGGAUAUAAUGAAGAAAAAAAAAUAAGAAAAGGUAAAAUACUAAUUAUUGGAUUAAAUGGGACAAGUAGUGAAAUAUGUAAAAAUUUAAUCUUAUGUGGUAUUAAAGAAAUAGGUAUAUGUGACAAUAACAUUUUAACUUAUGAAGAUAUAGAUAAUCUCUUUUUUUGUGAUAAGAAACUAAUAAAUAAGGAAAAAAGAAGUAUAUCUUGUUUAAAGCGAAUGCAGAGUUUAAACAAUAAUUGUAAAGUAAAAUCUGUAACAACUAUAUGCAAUCAUAUUGAUGAUUAUGAUGUAAUAGUAUCAAUAAACCAAAAGGAAAAACUCAAUAUUGACAUAAAUAAUUUAUGCAGAAAAAAAGAAAAGAAAUUCAUAAGUGUUAAUACUGUUGGAUUAUUUGGUAGAGUGUUCGUUGAUUUCGGUAAUUUUACAUUUUCUAAUACUAUUAAUAACGAAACAUAUAAAAUAAAUAAAAUGGAAUUUAAGGAAAAUGAUAUAAUUUUGUCAUAUUUACCUUUUUAUAAUAUUAAACUAAAUGAAAACGAUACAAUAAAAUUGUAUUUAAAAAAUGAAAAAAAAAAUAUAAGUGUAGAUUGUAAUAUUACAAAAAUAUGUAAAAAAAAUAACAAAAUCACAGUAUCGAUUUCAAAAGGAGUAAAAAAUAAUUUUUUGAAUUACUUAUUAUCUUUCGAAAUAAUGAAAUAUUUUGAAAAACAACUGCUUUUUUACAACAUUAAUUUCUUGCAUAAAUUAAAAAAGGAAGAAGAAAAAGAAUAUAUACAUAAUAUAAGAGAUUUUGUUCAGAAAUAUAAAGUAGACAUAAGUAUAAGAAAAACCAAUGAACAUAUCCAGCUAAAAUAUAUAACCUUAGAAGAAUAUUUGAAUAAUAUAAAAAAAAAGAAAAAAAGAGCAAACAUAUUAUCGUAUUUAUUCAGUUUUCUCUUUAAAGAUUUCAGUGAUAGAGAAUUAAGUGAUGAAGAAAUAUGCUUUUUAUGUUAUGAUGAAAUAAUUAAAGAUAAAAAAGACAAGAAUUUUACUAAUGAAGAUUUAAUUAAUUUUGAAAUUUUAUGUAAAAAAAAAAAAAAAUGUAUAAGUGACGAACUAAUAAAACAGUUUUCUUCUGCAAUUCAUAUUGAAUUAUCUCCUUUUUCAAUUUUUUUUGGUUCACUGGUAUCUCAACAAGUAAUAAAAGCAUUAACUCAUAAAUUUCAGCCAAUUUACCAAACGUUUUACUAUGAUAGAAGAGAUUUAUUUCAAUUUUCGAAAAUAUCAAAAAAAUAUUAUGGAAAAUAUAUGCACCAAUUAAAUUUUUUUGGUAAAAAUUUUCAGAAAUUUUUAAAUGAUUUAAAUAUUUUGUUGGUAGGAUCAGGUGCUUUAGGAUGCGAAUUUUUGAAACUUUUGGCUAUUAUAGGUGUUUCUUCUAGCCCUCAAAAAAAAAGAUAUAAAAUAAAAAAAGAAAAAAUAAAUGAAGAACGGAAAGAGGGACAAGAAGAAAAAGAAAAAGAAAGAAAAAGUGAUGAUAAUUUAGGAAAAUAUAAAGAUAGAGAAAUAUAUGAAAGAGGUGGAAUGGUUCAAAUAGUUGAUUAUGAUAUAAUUGAAGAAUCCAAUUUAUCAAGACAGUUUCUAUUUACAACAGAAGAUAUAGGAAAAUUAAAGUGCCAAGUAGCUUCAAAUAAUAUUAAAAAAAUAAACGAAGAUAUAAAUGCAUUCUAUUUAAAAAUGAGGGUAGAUAAUUCUAUAUUAGAAGAUAGAAAAUUGUUAUUACAGCCAUUUUAUUAUCAAAAAAAAGAAAACGAAAAAUAUAAGGAAAGUAAAAACCUCUUGAGAGAAAACAUAUUAUGCGAUAAAUACAUAAUUAACAAUUUAGAAAUAAAGAAAAAAAAUAAUCCAAUUAUAUGCAUAUUAAGUUUAGAUAAUUUAAAGAGUAGAAAUAUUUGCGAUCAAUUUUGUUUGAUCAAUUCUUUACCAUUAAUUGAAGCAGGUAUAGAAGGAUUAAAAGGAAGUAGUCAAAUUGUUUAUCCUUUUUCAAGUGAAACUUAUUCGAGUAAUACAAGUUAUGAAGAAGUAGAUGAAGAAAAAAAUAAUUCUUGUACUAUAACAUCCUUUCCAAAGAAUCAUAAACAUAUUAUUGAAUUCAGUAAAAGUGUGUAUAAUAAUUACUUUUAUGAUAAUGUUUUAAAAAUUAAUCGUUUUUUAAAUGAUCCGUUAUAUUUUAUUGGGGAUUAUUGCAAAUAUGAUAAUAUAAGUAAUUUAGUACAUUUCUUUAAAUUAACAAAAAUAUUUUUUAAUUUAAAUUUGAAAAAAAAUAUUGAUAUACUAUGGAACAAUAUUUUUGUAAAUAAUAUUAAUAAUUUAUUAAAUAGUAAUGAAGAAGAAAUUUUAAAGUAUUUUGAAAGUUUGGAAAAAUCUCCUCAACCAAUAUAUUUUAAUAAAAAAAAUAAGAAUCAUUUAUUAUUUUACAAAUAUGCUUUUAUUAUCUUUAGAAAAGUUUUUAAAAAUUUAAUAAAAAUUAAGAAACAAAUGAUAAAAAAUAUUUUUUACUAUAAAUAUGAUAUUUCUAACAAAUUAUCUUUUGAAGAAGCUGUAACAAAUUUAGUUCAAAAAAAUAACAUAUAUAUAGAUUUAAAAAAAUUAUUUUAUUUUUUAUCAGUUAUUAAGAAAAAUACUGAUUUAAAUUUUUAUUCUAUUAUUAAAAAGGAAUUUUAUGAUUUAUUUAAUAAUCCAUUAUUCAUUUUAUCUUUAAAGUAUAUUCAAGAAAAAAAAAAGAUAAAUGAAGAUAAAAAUAAGGAAUUUCAAUUUUUUACUCCUCUUAUUUACAAUUUGCAAGAUAAUAAGGAUGACAUUAAUUUAAUUUUUAGUAUUUCUAAUAUAAGAAAUGAAAAUUAUAACUUUUCUAAAUUAAAUAUAUUAGACUUUUUUAGAAUAUCUAAUAAUAUCAUACCCUCUAUAAUAACAGUUGUUUCAAUGAUUUCUUCUUUAGCUAUUUUUGAACUUUAUAAGUUAGCUUAUUUCCUAAAAUUAGACAAAGAGAUAAAUGAAAAAAAGAUACUUGAUGAUAAUAUUAAAAAAAAAAUGUAUUCUUUCAGUGAACUCUUCUCAAAUUACGACAAUUUUGAUAAUGAAAAAUAUAAAGACUUCAAUAUUUGCAUUUAUAAAAAUAAGAUAAUUGCAAGAAAAAAUAAUAAAAUUAUAUUUUACUUUUUUAAUAAUGAUUAUGGUAAAUUAAAAAAUGUAUCUAAAUUUCUUUAUAAUCAAUACAUUAACCUAGAAGAUAAUUUUUUAACUAAAUCGGAAUUGAAUAAUAUAUAUCCUUUCUCUUAUGAAAAUGUAUUAAUAACAUUAUUAAAAAACAUAAAAUUUUCACUUUGGGAUUAUAUUUAUAUUGAUAUAUUUAAAAAAAAUAAUAAUGCAAAUAACACCUAUUGCAAUAUAGGUUCUUGUGCAUUUCCUUCUUAUGUAUUUAACAAUAGAGCAUGUAUUUUAUCAAAACAUAAAAUAGAAAAUAUAAAAAAAUAUUUAAAUUUUCUUAGUGAAGAAGUUUAUAAUUUAUUAAAACUAUUCAAUAAUAAAACAAUAAAUGAAAAUGAAAAAAAGAAAAUAGAAGAGAAAACAAAAAUAAACAUUAAAAAUACUAAUUUAAAUAUAAUUAAUAAUAAUUAUAUUGAUGUGAUAAUAGGAGAUAUAGAUAACAUUAUAGCACAUAUAUUAAAUAAAAAAUUAUAUAAAUUUAUUAUAAAUUCAGAAGAUAAUAUAAAAUUUUUGUAUAACGUGAGAACAAACAUGUGUAAUAUUAAAAAACUUAUUAUUUCAAUAGAAGAACAUAAUAAUAAAGAAAUAAAUUAUUUAGAUACAAAAAAAUAUUUCGAAAAUAUUAAAGAAAACAUAGAUAUCAUAAAAAAAAUUAUAAGGGAAGUUAAAAGAGACGUUCUAUUUUUGUCUAAUAUUAAUAAUAAUAUGAAUGAAAAUGAUAUAACUUUAUAUGAAUUAGUAAAUUAUAUAGAAUUAUUAUUUAAUGUUAAUAUCCAAACUAUAGGUGUUAAAGAUAAAAUUAUUUAUUCAAAAUUUCAAAUAAAUUAUUUAAAGCAUAAAAGAGAGUAUUUAUAUGAUAUUUUAUUAGAUUUGUUUAAAGAUGAAGAAAAAAAUGAAAAAAAAGAAAUAAAAACAUUUAUAUUAAAUAUUUUUGCAACUGAUAAAGUAAGUGAUGAAGAAAUAGUUUUACCAGAGAUACAAAUAAAUAUACAUGAUCAUAAUUAA